AUGCCAGCUGUACCAACUGCACCACGAACGACAUCGCGUACAGCUCCCAAGCCAGACCUCAAUAUGUCGUCUGAUGAUCCUUCGACAUGGCUCAACUUCUCUCUACCACCACGUUCACGAGCUGGAGUACCUGGUUCUGGCGUUCCUGGAAUACCGAGAAGGAGUAGAAGAGGUGAAGGAUGGAGAGGUGGUCCUAUGAGCAGAGAGAAAUUCUUGAAUGCUUCUUUCAAAUUCGUCCUGAAACCAACGGAAACACUAAGUUACGGUGCUCAUUUCGCUGAUCCUGAUAUAUCACUACAUUGGCCACAUAUACUACAGGUUCUCGUACCGACGUUUAGCGCCUUUUCAGUCGCACAAGGAUAUGUCACCAGUGAGAAGAAUGAUAGUCACGAAUUGGGAUCAUCGUAUGAUUCCCAUGAUUUGGAAGGAAUGGGUGAAGAAGCCGCUGAAAGAAGGAGAAGAAUGGAAGAAGAGAGAAGAGGUAGAAUGUGUCCCAUCUGUUUGGGUAAACCCGUCGCUGGAAGAAUGACCAAAUGCGGACAUAUCUUUUGCUUCCCUUGCAUUCUUCACUAUAUCCAAUUAUCUGAUAUUCCGAAAUCAGCAAAGUGUCCUAUUUGUGGUGAUACAGUUCACUCAAGUAUGCUGAAAAGUGUCAAAUACCUCGACGCUGCAGCUAUGCUUAAAGCUUCGGCUGGAGAAGACGAUGGCGAUACAAGUUCAAGUCAUAUAGUGGCUACUUCUGUUGUCGGUGAACAACAGCUUUCUCAAUAUGACGGUGCACAUGAUCUUGAACAUGGUCACGGGAUAAUAGGUGUAAUGGAUGGAUUCGAAGAGACAUUGGAAGAAGCCAAAGCUGUUGAUUCUCAUGAAAUCAAAGAAGAAGAUAAAGGACAUCAAAUACAUAUGAGACUUGUUCAAAGACCACAGAUGACUACACUCGCUUUACCAUCUUCAUCAACUUGGCCUUCUGAUGCAAUACCACCCCAUACAGCUCCCUGGUAUUUUCUACCCGAUAUCCUAACUUAUUCAAGAUUCAUGCUCUCAACUCCUGAAUAUAUGUUGUCCGAACUACAAAGAGAAUUGUCAGAACUCAAGAACGAAUGGGAAAUGCUCAAAGGAGAUGACCUUGGCAAAGAAUUCGUCAAAGUUGCGAAAGAAAAAGUUGAAAGGCAAAUGCAGAAAGUUAGAGUUGAAUUGGUGACUGAAUUGGUGAGGAAAUCAGAAAGGGGAGCGAGAGAAUUUUGGGGUGAAGCCGUAGGUGGUUCAAGAAGAGAAAAGGAAAAGAAGAGAGAAAGAGAAAGAAUAGCAAAAGACAGAGAAGAGAAGAUAAAGUCGGAACAGGAUCACAUGGAUAUACCUACAGAAUUCACGGAAUUCUUGACUUCUUCAACAUCUGUUCAUGAUAAUUGGGCCAAUAUCAAUAUUCCACCAAACUUAGAAGUCGAACCGAAUCCUAUGCCAUCAUCCACCCCAAAGAAAUCCCGAAGACGCGGUGGUGGCGGUAAUGGUCCUGGCCCACCACCUGCUAUACCUCCGUCGCCAUCGUAUUACUUCUAUCAGUCUUCUCUGGGCGCAAACGUCUUCCUCCAUCCUCUUGAUAUCCGGAUACUCUUGGCACAUUUCAAAUCAUAUUCCCUCUUUCCCACUUCUCUCUCAUUCACUACUACAGGAUAUGACCCGGGCACAAUCAAUGAUGAACUUCGUAAACGAUGCAAAUAUCUUGGACAUCUUCCUGUCGGAACCGAGGUGAUCUUUGUCGAAGCCGAUCUAGAACCUAUAGUCGGUAAAGAAGGAUUGGUGGCUUUCGAACAGCCAGUAAAAGCUCGACGAUCGAAGAGGAAAGAACGAACGAAAAAAGAAGAUCGAGCUAAAACACGUUGGGAAAAAGCUGAAAGAGAAAAAUUACCAGUUGAUUUGAGGAGUGUACCAAGUGCAUUCAAAUCGUCUUCUGCAGGUGCAGGGGACGAUCGUGAUUUCGCUUUGGCAUUAGCCAGAUCAGCGGUUGAAUUCGAUAUGACAUCGGGUUCGGGUUUCCAACCCGGUUCAGCUAGUUCGUCAACAUCUCAUCCUAAUAAUAACGGAACCGCAUAUAGUCCGUCCACCAGUCCUUCGAAUAACAGUGCAAUGUGGGGCAAUCAACAAGCUCAAUCAAGGGCCACAUUCGCUCAUGCUUUACACAAUCACAAUGCCUCAUCAAUGCCCUUGGCAAGGCGGCAAGAAAUCGACUGGGAAGUCGAAGCUGCAUGGGAAGCUUUCGAAAACAUGUCAGUGAGAAAAACACAACAAGAAGCAACAUCGGGAGAUAGAGAAAUAGAUAUGACCGUCACGGAUGGAACAACAGCAUCUACAACAACGACUAGAGAAACGGAGAAAGGUGGUGGUGCAUCAGGGAAAAAAGGGAAAAAGGGCAAAGGUCAGAAACUGGUUCUUGGUGGAGGCGGCGCAAGAAGAGCAUAA